AGCGAUCCAGCGGCGAGAAAUGGCGAGAAGCAACCGACUGUUGCUCAUAGGGGCGAUCGUCACGGCAGCGCUGGUUCUCGUGCAAUUUGUGCUGAUUAGUGAAGAGUCCACGACGUAUUUUGAGGAGAAGACGCUGCAGUUAGAAGCGAAAAAGACGCCUGUGUUCCGGCAGACGACGACGCUGCCAGUGGUGCUAAUGCAUGGCAUGGGUGACGCUGCAGGGAACGGAGGAAUGUUGCGGAUCCAAAAGACGAUCGCAGAGCAUCUUGGAGUUUAUGUGGCCAAUGUGCAACUCGGCAACUCUGUGACCGAAGAUGUACACAACAGCUUUUUCAUUACGAUGGAUAACCAAACGGAGAUGUUCGCUAAGAUAGUGCGAGAGGACCCGCACUUGGCGAAUGGAUUCAACGCUGCUGGAUUCUCUCAGGGCAACUUGUUGAUCCGCGCAUACAUCGAGCGGUUCAACGAUCCUCCAGUCCACAACUUUAUAUCUUUUCAUGGACCGCUGGCAGGUGUGGGUGGACUUCCGCGAUGCUCUCCUCUUAACUUUAUUUGCAAGGAAAUCGAUAAGCUUAUUGGUGAAGCAGUCUACACCAAACGCGUUCAAGAACGCAUCGCACAAGCCAAUUACUUCCGCGACCCUCUUCGCAUCGAUGCCUACUUGAAACACGCGGCGUUCCUACCCGACCUCAACAACGAGAAAACGUCUACGAACCAGACGUACAAGGACAAUUUUACAAAACUGCAGAACCUUGUGCUCGUUCGAGCCAACAAAGAUACGCAGGUAUUUCCGAAAGAAUCCGAGUGGUUCGGAAUGUAUCGCGAUGGCGAUUCGUACAAGACUAUUCUCGGCUUUAACGAGACAAGAUGGUAUCAAGAAGACUUGUUCGGGUUGCAGACACUGGACAAAGCCGGCAAGGUGCAUUUCUUGUCCACGGAUGGAGAUCAUCUACGCUUCUCCAUCGAAUUUCUUUUGGGGGUGGUGGAUAAGUACUUCCGCCCACACAUUAUGAGCAGCUAA